CGUUCAGCGGAGACCGGAGCAAGAUGGCGAUUCCGGGCAGGCAGUGAGUGAUGCGGGAGUUAGGGUUAGGCUGGGGAAUAAGAAACCACGGCGACUGUGCCUUUGGCCGAGGAGUAAAGCGCGCUGGAAGCGAAGGGGCUGUCUCAUCAGGGAUAGAGACGGGAAAAGCGAGAAAUCCUGAGGAACAUACUCCCCUCACCCCCAUAUUUUCCAGGAUGGAAGGAAGCCCGAAGUUUGAGGGAGAAACUUGUGAGGAAAUAAAGGAAGUUAGGCUGAGGGGCAGAGAGCGAGACUUUUCUAUUUUCCAAAAGCUCGGUCUGAGGCCCCUCAGUCUUGCUUCCUACCCCGCGCUUGAGUUUCUCCCCGUUUGGAUGCCUUGAGGGGCAGUGAGAAGAGACCACCCCUGGCUUCCUUAGCGGGCCUUGUUCCCGCCGUCCCUUCUGGUUUUAGGAAAAUGUGCUGAGAAACCACAGAAAAGGGUAUGGGCUUAUUUUGCCAAAGAAAGCACAGAAGUUGCACCCUGUUUUGCAAAAACCAUCAGUGUUUGGGAAUGAUUCUGAUGAUGAUGAGACACCACCCCAGGGAAAAGCCUGUUUUACUUGGCAGCUCUGUCAAAUAAAGACAGCCUUGUGAGUGGUGUCUUCCAGGGAACCACCAUGGAAGUCCAAUAAUAAUUCUCCAGGAUAGCUAUUUUGAAGGAACUCUUAACCCUCUCCAGUGGCUGCCAGACUGCUGGUUUCUACCAUGUUUGUGGGCUGCUGUUUUAGACCUCCGUGAGUGAAAGCCUUCAGAGGGAAGCUGCUAAAAAGCAAGCAAUGAAACAGACCAAACUGGAAAUCCAGAAGGCCCUUGCAGAAGAUUCCACUGUAUAUGAAUAUGAUAGUAUUUAUGAUGAAAUGCAGAAAAAAAAGGAAGAAAAUAAUCCUAAAUUGCUUUUGGGAAAAGACCGAAAGCCCAAAUAUAUUCACAACUUACUAAAAGCAGUUGAGAUCAGAAAAAAGGAACAGGAAAAAAGAAUGGAAAAGAAAAUACAGAGAGAACGAGAAAUGGAAAAGGGAGAAUUUGAUGAUAAAGAGGCAUUUGUGACAUCUGCUUAUAAGAAAAAACUGCAAGAGAGAGCUGAAGAGGAGGAAAGAGAGAAGAGGGCUGCUGCACUCGAAGCACGUUUGGAUGUAACCAAGCAGAAAGAUCUCAGUGGAUUUUAUAGGCAUCUAUUAAAUCAAGCAGUUGGUGAAGAGGAAGUCCCUACAUGCAGCUUUCGUGAAGCUAGGUCUGGGAUAAAGGAAGAGAAACCAAGGGGUUAUUCUGAUGAAGUAACUUCAGAGAACAGAAUACCAUCUGAGAAAUGCAUUCUCCAAACUACUGUGAAAGUAGAGGAAAACCCAGAUGCAGACAGUGACUUUGAUGCUAACAACAGUGAGGAUGAUGAACUGGAAGAAAAUAAUAAAGUGAACUGCAGAAGGGAAAAGAACAUAGAGACCAUUAAGAAUGACUCCAGGCAUCACAGGAAUCAAACCCACUCACGGUCAUCGAGCGAAGAAAGAGAACAUGGUACCAAAAGCCACACAAAGAGUUCCAAGUCAAGAGGACAUGAGAAACGGGAAGAUCAACACCAAGAGAGACAUUUCAGGAACCAGGAGAACUAUUAUACUGACCGUGAUUACCAAAAAGAAAAGAAAGAUUCCCAUAGGAACAGAGAUGCCAGUCAUAGAGAUUCCCACUGGAAGAGGCAUGAACAAGAAGAUAAACUGAGGGGCAGAGACCAAAGAGAAAGAAAUGACAGAGAAUGGAAAAGGGAGAAAGACAGACAGAAAUAUCCCACAAGAGAACAAGAAAGAGAGAGACAUCGAAAUGAUCAUGACCGACACAGUGAGAAAGGAGUAGAAAAGGAAGAGAAAAGCAAAGAAAAGGAAGAGCAUACGAAAGCAAGGAAAGAAAAAUAUGAAGACAGAGAUAGAGAAAAACGAGAAAUAAGUGUUCAGUCUUCAGAAAGAAAGCGAGACAGAAAGGAAAACAGCCCGAAUUCUAGGGCAAAGGAUAGGUUUCUUGACCAGGAGAGAUCCAAUAAAAUGAGAGACGUGGAAAAGGAUAAAGAAAGUAACCCAGAGAAACUCUCUAGUUCUGAAACAUCACUAGGCGCAAAACACAGAACCACAGAGGAAUGCCAAGACAUGGGCAAAGAACAAGAGAGGCCACACGAGACUGUGAACAAGUUUGCAAAACGGAACAAUGAAGAAACUGUAAUGUCAGCUAGAGACAGGUACUUGGCUAGGCAAAUGGCACGGGUUAAUGCAAAGACAUACAUUGAGAAAGAAGAUGAUUGACUUGGUAGAAUAUGCUGUGUGAACACAUGAAGGAGUGUUCAUAGUGGUAAAACACAUUUUCAAAAUUCAUUAUUUGUUUAGGGUUAAGUCAAAAGUCAGUCUUUUUUUUCUUAAAUGCUUGACUGAAUCAAUAUAUAAUAUUUACAUAUCAAUACCACAUUCUUGGUUAUAUUCAAGCAGCCUAAAGAGUGUGCUAAGUCCCGUCCCGGUAGAUACUUUAUGAGGAAAAUUGGCUCUGCUAUAACCAUUAAAAGAUAAUUUAAACAACCCUCCUAAUGUUGGUUUUGUUGCAGGAGCUGUUUAUUUUAUAAAUACUGUGUUUCCUAUAAAAUUAAGUGAAUUUGAACAUAGAGAAUAUUAUUAUACUUUAUGUUUUGAAAUUUGUAUUAAAAUAUAAAAUAUGGACAGAUAUGUAUCUUGUUAGCUUGAGCAUAUUUGGCUUAAAUGAGAAUAAAAAUGGUGAUAUGUUUGUACUUCUAAUUUAUGCUCUAAUUUUAAAAGAAAUGUCAUUUGUACACAAUUGCUCCCCAUUCCCCCACCGUUAAAAAUUACUUUCAUUGAAUUCUGUGACCUCACAAGUGAGUAAAUUGGUUGUGUAUAUAAAUCAGUUUUAGCUGAGUGUGAAAAGAUGGAGACAUUUAGUCCAAAUGAUAUUAGCUAAAGAUCCAGGUGUCUAUGAUUGUGUUGUUUUAUAUGCUCUAAAAUAUACAGCUUAUUACAACUUC